GGCGCUGACUUCGGACUUCCUUGAAAUCUCUCACCCUCUCAACAAACUAUUUUUGUUCAACAUUGUUUUUUUUUAAUAUAUACUGUAGAUUAUAUUUAUUAAAAUCAUCUGCUACUGUCUUCUGCUGGUCUCAUGAUGUCAGAUAAAAAGGAGGACAUGGAUUAUGAGAACGUGCCACCAGCCCAGCAGCUGAGCGAGCUGGAGAAAUUGAGAAAACUAGUGGAGGCAGCUGAGACUGAAAAAUCUCGGUUGUUGUUGGAGAAAAUGGACACGGAUGACACAAAGAAAAAAGCCCAGCAGGAGACGACUAAUGUUAUGAAUGCUGAGGAGGAACUUGCAGCCGGUUUUAAACUAAAAAUGAAGGACAUACAGUCGGAAAUAAAUCAUAUAAGAAAUACCAAUCAGGAUCUGAAGAACAAACUACAGCUCUGUAACGAGCAGCUCAAAGCCAAGAAGACUGAAAUGGACAAUUUACAGCAGAGAUUUAAGAUCAAAGCUCAGAUCCCGGAGAAAAAAAUGAAAUUUACUCAGGUCGAACAAACGGAGGAGGAUGAGUUCGACGAGCAAGAGCAUGAUGAGUACAUCAGGGCCGUGUUUACCAUCGUCCAGAGACCUUCCUUUCUGUUGAAAGGUGGCGAAGCUCUCAUCACGUUUGAGGAAGAGAAAGUGGCCGAUCAGAUCCUCAGGCUGCCGAAGUGCACCGUGGCCUGCGACAAAACCAGGAGUGAAGUGAAGCCAGGCAACAUUAAUCUCGAGCCCUCUGCAAAAUUCGAGGUGCAUAUUAGGGUGUCGAAAAAAACCAUUAUGUUCUCAAAUGCUGAUGCUGUUCUGCCCGAUGAACGAAUGAGAGACCGGUUGGAGCUGGGCUUCUCCAAACCAAGGCGUGGUGGAGGCGAGGUGGAGGGAUUAGAAUACGAUGUGAAGAACGGAACGGGAAAGAUUACCUUCCUCAAUACUGGUGUUGCAGAGAAUAUGGCCCUCAGGGAAAAGUUCUACGUGGACACCAUAGGCGAGAUGGAAGUCAACGUGGCACCGUUGUAUGACUACCAGCUCAAGAAGUUUCAGACGUUCUUAGGGGUUCCAAAGCGCACCGUACUACUCAGAGGUAUUCAAGAUCUGAGCGACGAAGAAGACAUGCAGGACCAUCUGGAGAUCCAUUUCCAGAAACCCAGCAACUUUGGAGGAGAGGUGGAGAGCAUUAAGUACCUCUCGAGCGGAAAGAGACUGAGAGCUUUCUUCAGCGAGGACAUCGCCGAAAUGGAAGUCCAAUAAGCAAAGACAAGCGGCGUCUCGGCGAUUCCUAUUGCAAUGCUAUUUUUGAUCUUAUCGUAUUCAGCUUGGGUAAAUUCAGGUUUAUUCUCAUGGCUGGCUUAUGAAUUUUAAUGAAUUGGCUUUUCUUUAAAAAAAAACUACCUAAAAAUGAGAAUCUUCACUGAAAAUUAUAAUCAUAUGGAUUUUUCUCUACAGAACUAAUUUUUAAAUGUUAAAGUAUUAAAGGACUGCCAGAGAAAAUAUAUAAUUAUGCUAAUUUCCACUAUUAAUCAUGGGGAUUUUUCUCUGCUUGACAAUUUUUAUGCCAUGAAGUAAACCGUAUUCUAUUCCAAA